CCCACGGCUCCCUCCCGCUUCCGUUGAUAUCGUCUGAAUAUGGCGGCAAAGGAAACUAUACACAGUCAUCAAACUGUUGUCGAGGGCAUCGUCAACCGCUGGCUAGUGGAUUACUAUUUGUUUCUGGCUUUAGAGUCCUUUAAAAAUGAACAAUAUGCGGAUUUCUGCGGCAUUCGUCGUGUACUUAACAGUGUCUUGGCCCGUCCUUUGGAGUCCACCGAUACAAUGCCAACAAAAAUUGGGAUAUUGCAGUUCCUCUCCAGGAUAAAUGAGGGCGAAAGACUUGACCUGCUAUUUGAGUCUGACCAGUCAAUAACUCCUCUGGAAUCAGCCUUAAUGUUGCUGGAAGGCAUCAACCAAAAAUGCAGUAUUCCAGAGCAGGAUUUCGAGAAUGUAAGCACUUCAAUUAAAGAGAUGAUUGUGCGGAUUUUAAUUAAAUACAAUGAAUUUGAGAAAGCAAAGGAGCUGCUGAUCAAAUACUUCCCCAAACCAAUGGUUGGCAAGAAAGCUAUAUUCAUGGGUCUCAUCAGCAAGAGGAGUAAAAGGCAUGAACUCAUCGAGCGAAUCGACUUCCACCAGUUCAAGGAGGAGAUGUUGGCCUUUUGCCAGAGGCUCUGCUCAUUCAGUGUUCCCUUUCUGCACAAGGCUGCAAAACAGCUAAUUGAUAAAAGGCUUACGGAGCAAGACGACAAAAUAGCUGGACCUGAUGAGCAAGAUGAACCUGGCGCAAGUCCACAAAUCAUCACCGUCUCAUUUUUACCAUGUAAACGUAAAAUUAUCCAGAGGACAAGGCUGGAGGAAGUCUACAAGGCUUUGGCUGCAGGUUCUGAUGAGAGAACAUUUGCCUGGCUGGAGGAAGAGGUGGAGAAAGAGCAGCAGGCAAGAAAAGAAGACCUUUCCCUGCGCCUCUCGCCUUCUCCCGAAAAGGAUGCCAAUCAGGACGAGCUUUUUCAGAGAGAAUCGGGCAGUCCAAUGGAGGCUUCCCCAGCAGACCAACCACCACAAAUGGAUGCUGUUCCUCAAACACAGGCAGGUUCACUCUCAAAGACACCCUCAGUGCUGAGGAAGAGGCGGCUUUACACUGUGGCACAACUAGUGGUCGAACCGGACAGCCAGGCGAGCUUGCAGUGUUCAACAGCCUCUCAGGAGCUAGAGACCGAGUUCAGAACAGAAGAGCCACCACAGUCCCCGACUCUAUCCAAAGAAAAAGACUCGCUGAGCCUAUUAACGGACAUUGAGGUUACCAAACCCACACGGAAGCUCCGCAGACGACCCAACAAAAGUUGCAGCAGAGCCUCAGCUAGUUUGGCAGAGUCAACAGACAGUGAGGAGGACCCCCCUGGCUCUGUGGCCAACAGGGAAAUUCAUGUGGGAAAACUCCACAACCAGUCCAACAGUUCACCCACCAGAAACUCCACCCAGUCAAAACAGUUGUCAUCAGACAAUGAGGAAGACCCACAGGGGUCCUUGGCCUCCUUCAGAACCCCAGUGCGGAAAACCCGCAAACAACUGGCCAGCAAACCUCUCAGCAACAGUCCAGGUAGUGCAGUUGGAGUCUGUGUCAUGGAUUCUUCAUUGGACAAAUCGCCCAACCUGUCCACACCUCAUCCCGUCCCCCAGACAAGCUCCACUCCACACAAAGACUCAACCCAAGACAAAGGUCUCUCCCAUUCAAAAUGGAAACAACUGUACAAUAAUGCAAAGGAAAGUAAGGAAAGCUGGAGCGACGAAGAGUCAUAUGUCAACUCCAGAAAGAACAGCGGAUCGCACGAGACCAACAGUUCAACUUCAAGCCACAGGAAGAGGAGAUGGACUGAGAGUGAGACACAGAAGUUGAAAGAAGGGGUCAGAAAAUUUGGUGAGGGGAACUGGGGUAAGAUAAAGGCACACUACAAGUUCAGUAAUCGAACAAACGUCAACCUCAAGGACAGAUGGAGAACAAUGAAGAAGUCAAAUAUGGUGUGAGACUGAAGACAAGUUCAAGGGCAGUGAUUCAGCAGUUUUGUAAAGAUUGUAAACUUUAUGUUCAUUAGACGUUCUAGUUCAAUAAAUUUUCAGCUAUUCAA